ACAGGUGCAAUUAAAACAAGAAAUUGAAUUGAAUACAGAGAGAAGUCCAACUCCUUAUCUCCUCUGGCCUACCCGACCCCUUCGUUUCUAUGCUUUUUCAUGUUCCUCUCCAAUCUUGCGAAGCAAAUGCUCACACCACCACAAAACUUCGAUAGAGACUUUUAGAGCGAGAAAAUCGAAGCUAUCCUUGUAGAGAGAUAAGCUCUAGAUUUUUUUAUUCCCAAUCUUUUGCACUCAGCGUAAAGCUUUUACUGAUCUUUUGUCUUAAGACUGAUCCCUAAUUUUUGAUUUCCUCAUCUGACUCUCCUACAUUCUUCUAUUUCACUGGGAAUUUAGUCCUGUGUAUUUCUUGGGAAAAUGGGACUAGUUUCUGGGAUCUUUCUGGGGAUGAUAUUUGGGAUCGCGGUGAUGGCGGGAUGGAAGCACAUGAUGAGGUACCGAAGCACCAAGCGAGUUGCCAAGGCAGUUGAUAUAAAACUUCUUGGGUCUUUAAACAGGGAUGAUUUGAAGAAAAUAUGUGGUGAUAAUUUUCCAGAAUGGAUAUCAUUUCCUGCCUUUGAGCAGGUGAAAUGGCUGAACAAGCAAUUGAGCAAAUUAUGGCCGUUCAUUGCAGAUGCAGCUACAAUGGUUGUCAAAGAAUCUGUUGAACCAUUAUUGGAAGACUAUCGACCACCAGGGAUUACAUCAUUAAAGUUUAGCAAAUUUUCUCUUGGAACUGUGCCACCCAAGAUUGAAGGUAUCCGUGUUCAGAGUCUUAAGAAGGGACAAAUCAUUAUGGAUAUUGAUUUCAGAUGGGGUGGUGAUCCAAGUAUCAUUUUAGGCGUUGAGGCUGCACUUGUUGCCUCUAUACCCAUUCAGUUGAAAGACCUUGAAGUUUAUACUGUUAUUCGGGUUAUCUUCCAACUUGCCGAGGAGAUACCGUGUAUUUCCGCCGUUGUUGUUGCUCUACUUUCUGAGCCGAAGCCUAAAAUUGAUUAUGUUCUGAAAGCUGUUGGUGGAAGCUUAACAGCCAUUCCUGGACUAUCAGAUAUGAUUGAUGACACUGUACAUUCAAUUGUCACAGAUAUGCUUCAGUGGCCUCACAGGAUUGUUGUUCCAAUUGGUGGUAUACCUGUUGAUACAAGUGAACUAGAGCUUAAACCACAAGGAAAGCUUACAGUGACAGUAGUGAAAGCAAAUGAGUUGAAGAACAUGGAAAUGAUUGGGAAAUCUGAUCCCUAUGUGGUUUUAUAUAUUCGUCCUGUAUUCAAGGUUAAAUCAGCUGUUGUUGAGAACAACCUCAAUCCAGUUUGGGAUCAAACAUUCGAGUUGAUUGCUGAAGACAAGGAGACUCAGACACUUAUUCUUGAGGUGUUUGAUCAGGAUAUUGGGCAAGACAAGAGACUGGGAAUAACAAAAGUGCCUUUAAUUGAGCUGGAAGCAGAAACUUGGAAAGAGAUGGAGUUAAGACUGCUACCAUCCCUUGACAUGUUGAAGAUCAAGGAUAAGAAGGAUAGAGGAACUCUUACAAUAAAGGUCUUGUACCAUGAAUUUAACAAAGAGGAGCAAUUGGCUGCUCUAGAAGAAGAGAAGAGGAUUCUGGAAGAGAGAAAGAAGCUAAAAGAAGCAGGAGUUAUAGGGAGCACAAUGGAUGCACUUGAUGGAGCUGCAUCACUGGUGGGUUCAGGUGUUGGGAUGGUGGGUACUGGCAUUGGUGCUGGAGUUGGGCUUGUGGGAACUGGCGUUGGUGCCGGAGUUGGUAUUGUGGGCAGCAGCAUCGGAGCUGUUGGCACUGGCCUGAGUAAAGCGGGAAAGUUCAUGGGUAGGACAUUCACAGGGCAAUCUAGCAAGAGAAGUGGCUCCUCAACUCCAGUCAAUAACGUGCAAGAAAAUGGGGGGGCAAAGCCUCUGUAGUGCAACUGCAGAAUAAUGUGUGUAUUAGGCCUUGGCUUGCAUUCCCACGACUCUUUAGGAUGAGUACUUAUUUUGCACUCUGUUCAAUAGUGUUUUUUCAAUUGUUCUUUCUGUUAAUUCAUCUGAGUUGAUUGUUUAUUCUCCAUAUUUUCAACUGUAUCUUCCUCUUCAAAUUCAUGUUCUACCAUACGUGAAUUCAUAGUAGACUAUUAAGCAAUUGUGUACAAAUAACAUUCUGUGUUUUCUGGUGAAACUGACAUUCAUAUCCGUCC